AUGCAAUAUUUAAAAACAUAAUCAAUACUAUUCCUUUAUGGAUUAUUUGAUAGCAUUUAAUUCAUGAAAGGACUUCGAAGAUAUGCUUUUGAUUAAUAAGAAAAGCAUUGCAUGGAAAUUUAAAAAUAUUUAAGACAAGCUAUAGAAUUUGCGGGCAAAAAAUUAGCCAUCGUGUUUAUAAUCGACUUGAUUGUAUAUUUAUUAGGACUAAUGUCGAUUCCUAAAAUAUUUUUAUGGUCGUUUCAAAUCGUAUCCGUAGUCUUGUACCUUGAGAACAAUGUCAGACAAUUAGUCUAUGUUGGAAAGAUUACUUAAACAUCCAUUUAAUAUGAGACAAAUGUGAAAUAGAAUAGGCAAUUUUUAAUAUACAAUUUAAAAAGAGACAACAAUGUAGGAUUCUCUACUAUAAUUGAUCAAAUUAAAUUAACCUUGUAAGCUUUACUCUUCAGUUUUUUAUUAUUGCUACAAACCUCCUUAUUUGAUAUUUUGGUUGUAAUUUUACCAGAAAAUACAAUAAUCUCGUUUAUAAUUAAACACGUUGAUUAUUUACUUUAUGCAGUAUAUAUAACAACUGGAUAUAUUUCAUUGAAGAUUCCCUAUUAGGAUCAUUUACCCUAUUAUUUACACAUCUAUAUAGGAUAUCUAAUAGGUUAUUCAGUCAUCUUAUCAUAUUUUUUAAAUAUCUAUUUUAGUUUUCCUAAAUUAGGAAUAGUAUUUUCUAUUUUAUCUCCAAUCUGUUUAAUGAGAGAAUUUCAGAUUGAUGCCCCUUUGAUUACAGAAAUAGAAGAGAAAUCCUUCAGAGAGAAUUUCGAUAUUUUGAUAAAGAAUUUCUUAGGUGAAGAAGGGAUUCCCAGGACAUCGUAUGAACAUCAUUUGAAAAUGGCAGAGAAUGAUAAAGGCUAUAAGGCAAAAUUGAGAAAGACUAUUGGAUGGUUUACAUUGGCAAGAGGAUUAAGACCAUAUGUUAUUAAUCCAUUGAAUAAAGCAAUUAUAAUAGUUAUGAAGAUUUAUAAUUCUUUGUUGGGAAUUGUGUGA